AUGUUCUUCGUAUCAGAGGAUGGAGAGCGCUCGUCGUAUCGUGGCUACGUGUGCGUCCAAGGCGAUGAGUUUGCCGUUCGGGUAUCGAAUGUCGAGUAUGAUGCGUCUACAGGUCGUAUCGUGCUAAAAAAUGCACAAUUAGACGUGGAACGCGCUCUCGCAGCGCGUUUGAAACCACAUCAUGCGACUCUAAAGCUUCGAUUGGCUCAGGCGUCAUCUCUUGAAGGGUUUGGAGCAGAAUUGGAAGAACUAGUGGCCAUUUGCUGUCGGAAACUAGUCGGCAAUCAAGUGGCAUUGCCUAGUGCCAAGUAUUACGCGAGAUUAAUGGCUGAAUUGGACGUUGUGGGCUGGAAUCGGCUCCGUCAAUUGAGUGACGACUUGAGAUCAUUGGAGCUCGAGAUAAUGGACAAAUCUGGACGAAGUCACACGGUUCAAGUGCUGUUGCCAUUGCAGUAUAAAGAUCAAGGGUUUGCCAUCAAACCCGAGUGUUUUGUAGACGCUCCUGAGCCUUUUGAGCUGCAGUGGCCUUCAGAUAACAACCAGGUGGUGUUGGACGAAGUCUUGAAACAGUUUGAGCUUUUCUUGGACAGGUUCCAGACGUUCUGGAAUGUCCUGGAUGUACUUGAUGCAACGACGUGUGUGUUGGAGCCACAUCGUCCUGCAAGAGCCACGGGACGAAGAAGACUGGCCCUUGAACGGCAUGCUUCAGUGCAGUUUGAAGUGGAUCCAGCACACCCCACUGCGAUGUUGAGUGAGCUGAGUUUCUUUGGCAAUCAAGCAAGUGUUGGAGCACUGCGUGAACGUUGGGGCAGUGCAUCGAGUCGAUGGGAUGAGACAAGAUCGUUGCAGGAAAACUUGGAGGAUGUACUAAAAAUCACGCUGCCAUCCCAAAAGACAACCAAACCAGAUGAGUUUGCCGUGGAAUGCGGGAUUUGCUAUUCAUACCGUUUGGAAGAAGAGGAUGAGGACACCGAGGAAACGAAGCAAGACUCUGGGGCUACGUCAAUGCAGCAAAAGAAAGCGCCGAAACAAGGUUCUCGGAUUCCGGACAGAUUGUGCGAGAAUGUGAAAUGUAAUCGGCCAUUCCACGUCAAAUGCCUCUUUGACUGGUUGCGUGCGCUACCCACGUCGCGUCAGUCUUUUCACACCGUUUUUGGUGAGUGUCCGUAUUGCCGGGAAGCAAUCAGCGCCAAAUUUCAGCCAAAAUUUUAA